AUGCGAAUAGGCCAGACACCAUCAGAGAGGUUGUCGAGUACACCGCCCGCGUCCAACGAUGUCGAUCAAGUCAUUACCCCUGGUUCAAUUCCUAUCAUCUCAACGAGUCAUACUAGCGAUGAGCGCAGCCGGACAUCGACAUCGUCUCUGGUUCUGCGGCUUUGUGUCUACCGACUACGGUUAUUUCCAGUCUGGCCCAUCGUUGACGUCGAAGAGGUUAUGGGAUACCUUCACCGCGAUCCCGAGAACAUGGACGCCUAUGCCCUUGCGAAUGCCAUCGGGGCCGCGACCAUCGCCCAGCUUAAGCUAGAUAGCCCUGAGAACGGGGAUAUGGCAACUGGAGCCUCGAUGGAGGCCGAGUGCCAACGAGCCAAUGCCCUGCUCCGGAAAGAUGGACAAGAUUCCACCAUGAAUAUCAAUGCCCUGCGCGUGUCCUUCUUUUUACACGUCUAUCAUGAGAAUCGGUCGCCGGGGGGGUCAAGGUCCUUGCUUUACCUCCGGGAGGCUAUUACCAUUGCCCAGAUUAUGGGCUUGCACCGAGAGGAGACUUAUUCUUCAUUGACGACCCGCGAUCAGCAGAUGCGGCAGAGGAUCUUGUCCCUGCUGUUUGUCACCGAAAGAGGGGUGGCGAUGCUUCAUAAAUUGCCCGUCGUGCUGCGGUACAACCCCCGCUUCAUCAACCUCGACGAAGCCGACGACGAGACUCAUGUCCUACCUGCGUUCAAGAAGCUCGUAAGUCUCUUCUUGAUGUUCGACCAAUCGGGAGCUUUUGAUAUCCUACAUACCUCAGACGAGAUUCAACUCCCCCCUUACGAGAACAUGCACGCCCUCAACCGUAACAGUUUCAGUCUCCUCCAACAUCAGCUGCGAGAGGCCUCGAUUCAAUCGCGGGAGACCAACGACAUCCAAACGGCAGAUAUCUGCGUCACGACCCAGUGGAUGCAGGUCAUCUUAUGGAGGGCAUCGAUCGGCCGCAAAUCGACACUUGGCUCGUCACAGCAGCACAUGACCUCACUCUCACACCCGAUCCAGAUUGCCAAGGAGUUCCUCGAAAACAUGUCUCACCUUCCUAGCUCUGCGAUAGAAGCCCACGGACCCGCUAUGGAGUACAAGAUUUACGAGAUUGCAAAGGGCGUGAUAGAUUCGGUUACCACCGAGUUCAAUGGCCAGCCAGUCUCGCUCGAUAUCCCCAGGGAAAUCCUCCUCCGGCUGCAGAGCAAGCUGGCCUCGUGCCGUGGCGGCAACAAGAUUCUUUUGCCACUACUGCAUGCUCGCAUCUCAGAUGCCCUGCUUCGCCCUAGCCCGCGCAUCUAUGAAAUAUCUGAUAAUGGCCUGUCCUACAAGCCACUUUCGGGGGAAAGAAUAGUUGAUUCCAGUCAACAGCCCAGGACCUUGCAUCUACCCAAAUCGCCACCAUUGAGAUCCGUCGAGGGUCAUGAGGGGCAGGCGAAUACUGAAGGCCAAGGAUUCCCACAGGAUAUCACUGACAUUGUCUCGACAAUACAAGUAGUGGCCUGGGACGACAACAUCCCCGAUACACUGCUCUGCUCCAACCAAGAGCUCUUCAACCAGAGCCAGAUAUUACAAGGAUCAUUCAACAAUAUGGAACCUACGGGGACUAUGGAAUUGCUUUUUGCCAGUAACGCAAUGUGGGAUUCUGUUGAGAGCUUGGAUUCGCAGUUUUCUGACGCGGCAGCUGCGUAG